ACUCUUCGGUUUGGAACUUUCUUCAAGACGAACACACAAGACCAACAUGCAUAGUAAAGAUCAAAUCUGCCAUGAGGACUAUCAGAGAACGGCAGACUGGCUGCUGUCCCAGACACAACACAGACCUAAAGUAGCCAUCGUCUGCGGUUCUGGACUGGGAAUGCUUGCGGAUGCGCUCAAAUGCCAAGACUCGUUCAAAUACUCGGACAUCCCUGGCUUUCCUCAAAGCACAGUGAAGGGUCAUGCUGGAAGGCUGGUUUUUGGAGAGCUCAAAGGGAAGACCUGUGUGUGCAUGCAGGGCCGAUUCCACAUGUAUGAGGGACACUCGCUAAGCAAGGUCACUUUUCCAGUAAGAGUGUUCAAGCUUCUGGGUGUCGAAACCUUGAUUGUCACUAAUGCAGCAGGGUCAUUAGCAGACAGGUAUAGCUGUGGUGAUAUUAUGAUCAUACGUGACCACAUUAACUUCCCUGGACUUGCUGGACUGAACCCUCUAAAUGGCCCUAAUGAUGAUAAGUUUGGUCCUCGAUUUCCGCCCAUGUCUGGGGUCUAUGACAAAAGCCUACGGAAGAUGGCGUUCGACAUCUGUAAGAGCAUGGGUGUCUCCCAGUGUGUUCAAGAGGGCGUCUACUGCAUGGUGGGAGGACCCAACUUUGAGAGCAUAGCUGAGGCCCGCCUUCUGCACCGACUGGGAGUGGAUGCAGUUGGAAUGAGUACUGCACCAGAAGUGUUGGUUGCCAGUCAUUGUGGCAUGAGAGUCUUUGGUCUCUCCCUCAUCACUAACAAAGUAGUGAAAAGCUAUGAGGACAAUGAGUCUGUCAAUCAUGAAGCUGUGCUGGAAGUGAGCAAAAUGCAUUCAGAGACGCUGCAGGCGCUCGUCACAGAGCUCAUCAGCCGGAUGGACAUCAACAACAACACGGCAUGAUGUCAUCAACACUGGAA